GCCGACCCAACAUGGACCCGGCUCCAGAAGACUGCUCCUGGGUGCUGGACUCCAUCGUCGGCUUCCUGCAGGGCCCCGUGUGGACUGCACCCGUGCUCACCUUCAUCGAGCACAAGUCCUCCAUUUUUGAACCUGGAGCCACGGAGCAUGAGCAGGAGUAUAAGAAAGUAUUUGAAGAAUACAAGGACCUGGUCGACUCUAUGCUGACCAGCUACAUGGAGGACAUUGGCAUCACCCCCGAGCAGUUCCAAGAAGCGUGUGACGAGAGUAAAACAGGCAUCCUCCAAGUACGCUUCCAGCAGGCACUGUUCGAGCAGGUGUGGGCGGCCAACGACUACGAGGUGUUCCGGCGCAUGAUGGCGCAGAAGAACCUGGAGCUGCAGCUGCAGGCCCUCGAGCUGAUCCAGCAGCGCUGCGGCGUGGUGCCCCAGUCGCUGCUGCCGCCCGACGGCGAGCCCCUGCAGUCCGAGCAGGAGCUGCAGCUCAUGGAGCACGUCAUCAGGAGGUCCAUAGAGGACUACGAGGCGAGCAGGGCGCAGCUGGACUCCAGCACGCUGCAGCUGGAGCAGUCCCUCGCCGCGGCUACCGGAGAGCACCAGCGCCUGGAGGCAGAGUGCAGGAGGGAGCGCGCGCUGCUGCACUCCGCCCUGCAGCACUCUCUCGACUCUUCUGCUCCUUCACCUGUGCCUGAGGAAAAGUCACAGAUUGAACCAGAAAAAACAGCUCCAUUAAAUGAAGUUCCUCAGCCCGAGGAGAUGGCGCGCCGGCAGCAGUACCUGCGGCAGCAGCGCGACAAGCUGCUGGCGCUGAAGAGGCGCGAGCGGGAGCGGCAGCUGCAGGCCUGCGAGAAGAGCGCGCGCCCCCGGUCCGCGCGCGCGGCGCAGGCGGCGCAGGGGGCGCAGGGGUCGCCCGGGUCGCAGGGGCCGCAGGGGCCGCAGGGGGCACAGCCCGCCCCCGCCGGCCAGCUGCAGGCGCGGCGCGCGCUCGCCGAGCGCCUCAGGGCCGAGGUGGCGUCCCAGCAUGCUCGCACUUAG